UGUAUAAAUAUAUAGAUAACAAGAGGCUCAAGUUUUGUAUAUUUUUAUGAGUAGCUUAAUAUUCAUGGGUAAGUUUAAAAGGGUUUGUGUUUUCUGUGGAAGUAAUCCUGGGAAUCGAAAGAUCUUCAGUGAAGCUGCUCUUGAUCUUGGUAGACAACUGGUUGAGAAAAAGCUGGAUUUGAUUUAUGGAGGAGGGAGUAUCGGGCUUAUGGGUUUGGUUUCUCAGACAGUUUUCGAUGGUGGCUGUCAUGUUCUUGGAGUUAUUCCAACAGCCCUUGUUCCGAUUGAGAUAUCAGGGCAAACAGUGGGAGAAGUAAUGGUGGUGUCCGAUAUGCACGAAAGAAAGGCAAAAAUGGCUAGUAGAGCUGAUGCUUUUAUCGCACUUCCAGGAGGUUAUGGAACCAUGGAAGAGUUACUUGAGAUGAUUACAUGGUCACAGCUUGGUAUCCAUGAUAAACCUGUGGGAGUGUUAAACAUUGAUGGAUAUUAUGAUUGUUUGCUGAGAUUCUUUGACAAAGGAGUUGAAGAGGGAUUCAUCAAGCCAUCAGAUAGGAGCAUUAUCAUUUCUGCAAAAACUGCCAGAGAGCUUAUACAAAAAAUGGAGGUAAUGAGAUUUCAACUGUUAGCUACCACAACGGAAUAUAUACCUAUGCAUAAUCAAGUGGCAUCAAAGCAAAGCUGGAAUGUAGAAGAAGAUGAUUGAUUUAUGUGAUCCCCCAUAAGGAAAUGACCAAAUUUUAUUUUUUUAAUUUUUCUGAAACUGAUAUUUACAGAAGACUCCUUGCAUUUAAUUGCCUAAUGAAAGAGGGAUAUAAUACAUGCAAUACAGAAACAUUAUUGUCA